AUGCAACGAGCAGCUAGCAGGCCGUUCGUGUGCCGUAGCUUUGUGGUGCACCACGACCGUUGCGGGCUCAAGGUGGGCACCGACACCAUAUACUUCGCCGCCUACGCCGCCCAGUCACACUGGUUCGGUUCGGGGCAACCGCGAUCGGCGCUGGACAUUGGGUCGGGAACUGGCCUGCUCUCCCUCAUCCUCUCGCACCGCUUGCCCUCGGUACGGUACACCGCCCGCGUCAGUUCGCCACCAGGUGGCGCCACGAUCAGCUGA